AUGUCCCGACCGAAGAAAGUUGCUAUAAUUGGAGCGGGGCCCUCGGGGUUAGUGGCUGCCAAAACCCUCCUUCACAAUUACCCCAAGGGAACCUUUUCUCCCACCAUCUUCGAGAAGCGUCAUGAAAUAGGUGGUCUUUGGCCGAUUGAUCCCCAAGACACCACUAAUGGAACAACAACCCCUCGACAACGCCCUCGCGAUGGGUUCGUGGACCCGUCGAUGCCGACGAAUCAGAGUCGAUUCACCGUGACCUUCUCUGAUCUAGCUUGGGAGUCAGUCAUUGAUGGCCCGGAUAUUCCUAUGUUCCCGCAGGCCUGGCAAGCGGGCAAGUAUUUGCAGACAUAUGCGGAACGCUAUAUACCUCAGGAGGCUCUGAGGCUGGGACAUAAGGUGGUUAGAUCGACGCGAGAGACGAGCGGAAGUUCGAGACCGUCGUGGACCAUACAAUGGAUCUUGGAAAGGGAUAAUGGGAGAAAAGAAAGCUCAACGGAUCAGGGAGUGCAGUCAGAAACCUUUGACUACCUCGUUGUCGCUUCUGGCUACUUCUCAACGCCGUACACCCCAGAUAUCCCAGGAUUACCUAGUUUUGCCGAGAGAGUGUUUCACAGCUCCACCAUUCACACCAAGGAGGAUAUACGCCUUAUGCUUGAAAAUUGUGGUGCCACCAAGAGUGGUAAUGGUAAAUUGGUCGUCAUUGGAGGGAGUAUAUCGGGCGCUGAGGCUGCCUCAGCGCUUGCACUUUUUCUUUCCAGUAUGAGUGCUACUGCCUCCCAUUAUCGUGGCUACGAAGUCCAUCAUAUCUGUACACGACCCUUCUGGACUAUACCCUAUUAUCUGCCAUACGCUGCUGCGCAAGACGACACCCAGGCAAAAUCUGUCCAGUUCCUACCCCUGGACCUUGUCCUGCAUGAUCUGGCCAGACGUCCCCCGGGGCCAGUCCAGUAUACCUUUGGGCCUGUCUCGUCCCAGCAAGAGACCAAGUUUAAUGAAUACUUUCUUUCUCUGCUAGGUGGCCAACAUGCAGGUUAUGGGAAUAUCGGCGUUGGCUCUCGCGAUGGUACAAAUGAUACACAACCUUCAUUGAUAGCCAUAAGCGACGACUACGCAGAGUACGUGCAAUCGGGCUCAGUACGUCCUACGAUCGGACGUGUUUGUGCUGUAAACUGCACACAGUCCGGCCAGGCAAACAUUGAUAUUAAGGGUCCUGGUGGUGAAAUGACCACUCUCGAAAACGUCGCAGCUAUAAUCACAGCCACGGGGUUCACGCCAUUUGCCUCCCUCUCAUUUCUUCCAGAAGACGUACUUUCCAAACUUGAGUAUUCAGCCAAAGACUCUUACUUCCCUCUCAUUCUGGAUGAAAAAGGCACCUCCAAUGCAGAAGUCCCGGAUCUGGGAUUCGUGGGACUCUACCGAGGGCCCUAUUGGGGAGUCAUGGAAAUGCAAGCGCGGAGAGUUGCAGAAUCUUGGUAUCGAGCUGAUUCCGAGCAAGGGAUCCAAUUCUCAGCGGAGGAAUUGGAGAACAAGGCGCAGGAAAGACAAAGCAUGCGUGACUACAAGAGUGUGGAUCCAAACUCGCGGGGUCAGUUCCCCAUGGGGGAUUACGUGGGGUUGAUGGAGACUCUUGCUAGGGACAUGGGAAUCCCUCGGACCCCACUUCCAGAGGCUGGGGAAAGACUUGGACCGGUUCUCCCUACUCGGUAUAUGGCUGAAGGACAAACGAAGCCUUCAAUGCUGGCCGAGUCACAAUUUGCCCUGGCUUCUUUAAGAGAUACGCUCACCUACGACAGUGAUACCUCCAGAGCCGGGUUAACCAGGGCUAUUUUCAGAGCGUUGCACGGAACUUGGAAUUAUUCACGGGUCUCUUCGAUAUACGACAGCGAGGAAACAGGCACGGCAAGGUUUUCUCCUACCUAUCCCACAUAUCCGAAGUAUGAAAGGGAAUAUACCUACGACGAGGCCAAGAGAGUCGAUGGAACGCUGAGGCCAUCGGCUCGAUCGAUCUAUCGGCUUGGCAAAACUAACACCAAUAGUGGCGAGGUGCAAAUAUUCAUUCUCAAUUCGAAUUCGGGUGUAGAGCUGGAAGAAGCUCCUCAAUCAUCGCACGAAUUGAGACUCGUGGGUUCUCCAUGCCUCGAAUAUGGAGGAUCAGGGCGCGAGGAAUAUGUUGUCCGAGCUAAAGGGGAGCUUAAAUCGGAGGAUAGCCACCCUGAUUACAGCUACGAAUAUGUGUUCCGCCUUGAAGGCGUGGCAAUCUCAUCCUGGGAAUGCAAUGCGGAAUAUAAAACGACCAGGACUGGCAGUCACGGGGAUUCGGGUGGAGCAGUUGAGUGGAGGAGGACAGUAUACAGGCGAUAA